UGCAUGCAUUCUGUCUGCCUAUGAAUUUUUCCAUUUAUGAAUUAAAACACAAUUGUCUGUUGGGCAUCAGCUGAGUGUCAUGGCCGACCUGUGCACCUCAGAAUUAUUGAGAAGAAAUUUGAUGUUGCAGCUGAGUUGCCAGUCCAAAGGCCUGGUUCAGGAGUGAUCACGAGCCACCUGUAUCUUCAAGAUCAAGAUCAAGUUCCUCUGUUGAAGAGGCGGACAGGCGGCAGACACACAAACACCAGCUGGUGACCGACUUCUUGUGGCCGACAUUUGUUUUAUCUGUAUCCCGUCUGCCGCCUUCUCCGGGCGUUGUCGACUAACACCAUGAGUGGGCCACACGCAGAGAAGGAUCUGGACGUGACCAAUAGCAGCCGGGGCUUGUGGCUGGUGAAGAUUCCAAAAUACAUGAGGGACAAGUGGGUGGAGUGUCCAGGUGAUGUUGGCAGACUUCGGAUCCACAAGAUACCUGGAAAAUUGCCAGCAGUAACUUUCUCGUCAGCAGAGCAGAUCCUAAAGGACAACAAAGUGGCCCGGGAACACAAGUUUAAGCUUCACAGCAUUAAGGAAAUGACUCUUGGUGUUUUCUCCUGCACAGUUCCAAGUGGUAAUUCUGAUCCUGUUGUGCCUGAGCAGGAGAAGCUGUACAUGGAAGGACAGGUCAUUCAAAAGUUUGAGUGCCAGCCAGUUGUGGACAGCUAUUACUACAACCAGAAGAAAGCAGCAGCCCUAAUAGCCUCCCAGCCUCACCGGAAGGCAGAAUUUAUUUCUAGGCCAGUCCAGUCAUACAAACCAAAAAAUAGACACAAAGUUCAUAUUGAGAUGGAUGAGAGGAGAAAGGCGGAGGGCAAGAAGGCUCGUGAUGACAAGGAUAAGGUGAUGGAAAUGCUUUUCGCUGCCUUUGAGAAGCAUCAAUACUACAACAUUAAGGACUUGCAGAAGCUGACUAGACAACCAAUCACAUACCUGAAGGAGAUCCUGAAGGAAGUAUGCGACUACAACGUCAAAAAUCCUCACAGAAACAUGUGGGAGCUGAAGCCUGAGUACCGCCACUACAAGGUUGAAGAAACUAUUGCUGACGACCCUGGGAGUGAUUAGCACUGCACACUCACUCUAGGGAGAUAACAAUAAUUAAUUUAUCAUUCAUUAUUUUUUUAACUAAGCAUAGAAACAUGAAUAUAUUAGGAGUAUUUCAGGGUAGGAAUUUUAUGCUAACUGCAAAUUUAUUAUUAGGUAAUCAUUAAUUCAUAUUUAUGUACUGACAACUAUACAGUAUACUACAUUAAACUUCUGUAUUUAUCUUAAGCUCUACAGCCAGAAAGUGCAUAUACUAAAUUCUGUUAUUCUAUAUUGACCUCAGUUUGAUUGAUAGUGUCUUUUUAAUAAAUGAAUAGUUGAAAUAAUUUAAAAGUAUCUUAUUCCUGACCAUUUUUCUAUGAUUUUUGUGAAACUUUUGUCAGUUCAGUUCAUUAGACAUUAAAAUUUGAAAUCAAUAAGUAUAUAAACAUUU